AUUACUGCCAUGACCGGUGAUGGUGUAAAUGACGCACCUGCCUUGAAGAAAGCCGAGAUUGGAAUUGCUAUGGGAUCAGGAACUGCGGUUGCGAAGUCUGCUUCAGAAAUGGUCCUAGCCGAUGAUAACUUUGCAUCCAUUGUGGCUGCUGUGGAAGAAGGUCGCGCCAUCUACAACAACAUGAAGCAGUUCAUCCGAUAUUUGAUCUCCUCCAACGUUGGAGAAGUCGUAUCCAUCUUCUUAGUAGCUGCUAUUGGCAUUCCUGAGGCUUUAAUUCCUGUGCAAUUAUUGUGGGUCAACUUGGUUACUGAUGGUCUCCCAGCUACUGCUUUGGGCUUUAACCCACCCGAUUUGGAUAUCAUGGAACGCCAUCCACGAUCAGCUAGUGAGAGUUUGAUCUCGAAAUGGUUAUUCUUCCGUUAUUUGGCUGUUGGAAGUGAGUUUUCCUUAAGUUUCUUGGCGCCUAGAGCUGCGCUUAUCUUAGCAUAUGUCGGAGUUGCAACUGUCGGAGCAGCCAUGUGGUGGUUCCUUUUGUACGAAGAUGGACCACAGAUCACCUACUAUCAACUUACCCACUGGAUGAGAUGCGAGAUCGAGCCAGAAAACUUUGCUGAUUUGGACUGUGCUGUGUUUGAGGACAACCAUCCUAACGCCAUGGCUUUAUCUGUUUUGGUUACCAUCGAAAUGCUGAACGCCUUGAACUCCCUGUCUGAGAACCAAUCCCUGUUUGUGAUGCCACCAUGGGAGAAUAUGUGGUUGUGCUCUGCCAUUGCUUUGUCAAUGUCCCUCCACUUUGUGAUCCUGUAUGUCGACAUCAUGUCUACGAUCUUCCAAAUUACGCCGCUAAGUGUUGCCGAAUGGAUGGCUGUGCUCAAGAUCUCCUUCCCUGUAAUCCUCCUUGACGAAGUGCUCAAGUUUAUUGCACGCAACUACAUCGACGGUAAGCUGGAAUCGCGAGCAGCCAACAUACGAGCGAUUAUUUCGCUGGGUGCCCUGUUCACUUUAUGGUGUGCCUACUUUGGCUGGAUACUAGGGCCAUAUGCAGGGGGCAUUGAUCGGGCGUUUGGUGUUUCCUUAACUACGACACCUUCAUCACAUUCUGACCUAUAG